CUUGGAAUUAUAUUCAUGAGUGAAUUGACUAUUGGAGAGAAAAGAUCACGCAGUGAGGCGGUGAAGAUGGACAUUGAAUCAGCUGGGAAUGGCACCAACAUACCGUUCUCGGAAUUCGUCGUUGUUUCGGAUAGUAACGGCGACCCAAUGGAGCUGCCGACCGCUCAGGAUAAUUCUUUGUCCAUGGCAACACUUCAGGCGUCUUAUCCUGGUGCAACGGGAUUGAAGUUUAAAAAUGCAAAGACCGGAGCCCUGAGAGCAGUGGCGGUUGAUUCCUCUGGAACUAAAAUGUUACCACCCCUGGAUGGAUGGGAUGACAAAGUGUUUGUUGUGAUCUUUUCGAAUACACGCGCUGAGCGAGUACGAGAGGCGAGAAAGGUGUGUCUAGGUUCGGAUGUAAGUGUAAAACGUCGCAAAAUCGGUACCAGCGAUGGAGAUUCGGACAGUGACGGUGAAGGGCGAGUUGGUCGCAAACGUGCUGCCGAUGCUAGGGAUCAGCCGGUGAUGCCGCGCCGUCCUGUUGACCUCAUCGUGCUCGGCGUGAAUUUCAAGACCACUGACGAAGAUUUCAAGAAGUACUUCGAAACGUUCGGUACCGUCGUAUUUGCAGAGAUCAAAAGAAACGCAGAUGGAAGUUCUAAAGGAUUUGGCUUUGUCCAAAUGAGCAGCGUAGAAGAGGAAGACAAAGUUAUGGGAUUUUGUGAUCACAUGAUUGAUGGCAGACGCUGUGAGAUCCGCUUUCCGGAUCAGAAGCACACCGAUUCCAGUGCAAAUCCUUAUGGACCACCUCGAAAGACCUUAGUCAAUAAGAUAUUCGUCGGUCGCCUCACAGAGAAAAUCACAGAAGAAACGCUGCGGGACUUCUUCAACAAGGAAGCUAAGCAAGUCAAGGAAGCAGCAGCGGUGACAAAUAUCCUCAUUCCUCGCCCAUUCCGUGGCUUUGCGUUUGUUACGUUCACGCAUGCGGAGGUCGCUGAUAGAAUGGUCAAAGCCAACAAUUUUGUGAUCGACGGUAUGUCAGUCGUUGUGACUUAUGCUGUUCCUCGUGAAAAUCACCAAGCUGCUGCUAACGCUCCGCCUGGGUUCAACGACUUUGCGGCCGCAUACGGUUACGGAAAAGGUGGAGCUGGUUAUGAUGAAGCACCACUCGGGCUUAUCCCUUUCGCGUCAAGGGAAAUGUUUGGAUACAGUCCCCCUAGUGGAAUGUACCCUCGACCAUCAUAUGAAGGAUGGGCGACACCACCAACAAAUAUGCAAGGUACUCCACGUUCGGGUCGAGGAGCCGACCAAACACGUGGUCGCCAUCCUGGGAAAGAUGGGCCGGCGGCAGCGUACCCGGGCGGCCCUAUGCAUAAAGGACAGCCGCCGCUGCCAUACAUGUAUCCGAGGGAUCCUAGAGAGGGAAUGGCUGGACAGGCUGCAUCAAAUCAAAUUGCUAGUGGAUUGGAUGCUCUAAAUCUGAACCAGAAGAAUCCGGAAUUGAUUAGUGCUGCAUGGAAUGCGUUUUUCAAAACACUGAAUCACGCUGGUGGCACACCUCAGUCACACAAGCAGUGGUGA